CAGCUUUGAUGCUGCCAUUUCGAGUGUGGCUCGUGGGACUUCAAUAUCCGCACUGCAACUAAUCCAAUUACACGAAUCAUAAACUGUGAUUGGCGGCAUUGCUGUUGGCUUCGAUGCCACGCGAGCCUUUUCCAAUUAGGCCCAUUGCUAAAACCUACAGUAUCCUUGUACAGGUACUCAGUGGAAAUUAUUCUCUUUGAACGCAUAAUUGCAGGAGAAAUGCUAAAGUAUAGGUUCAUCGUGCAUUCAUCUUGUAGACAUGAGUUUUUUUAAUGGCUAGGUCAAUGGAGUCAAAUAGAGUUUACCUGCACGAGUCAUAUAAUUACAAAAAAUACACCUUAAUGCGAAAAAAUUGAGAAUGACGCUUGAGACAGAUGGAUGAAAGUCAGGGGCGGCAGGAGACAAAGAGCGGAAAAUUGAACGAGCUCGGGAAAUUGAGCGGAAGUAGAGCAGUGAUGCUGAACCUCCUGCGUCACGGUGGGUGCAGCCAUUCGGUCUCUCUCCAGCUCUGAAUUAAGGACACCUCACAAACAAUCAACAGGCCAAAAGUGAAACGCACCCUGAAAAGGCUACUAAGUAGCUGACAGGCUCCAAUUACACUGGCAAUUGGAUAUACAGUCUGUGUGUGGUGAAUGAACUGAGAUUGGAACCAAAAUGCUUAGGGUUGCAAACAGUACAAUUACGGUGUUCAAUCAACUCGGCUACAAUUAAAUUGAGCCUACAAGUCAGUUCAUUUAACAGUGGUGGUUCGACUGUGUGCCACAUUGCUCUGUUCUUAAUGGAGAGACUGUUUCAUUCAUGCAAUCUCUGUUCAUUCAUCAGAGCACCGUAGCGUACCCUCCGAGUUCAAACGAGACACGAAAUUCUUAUCAAUGGAGCGCUGACGUCAGCAGCGGCGCGAUGACUCGGCGAUCACGUGUUCAGACGCGUCUAUACAAAUUGCUGUUGCGCUGGCCGUGGUCCUGAAAAAAAUCACGCACAGCCUUCAUGUGUCGAGCAAAUGACACCUCUCAACUGUGCGAGAAAGAUCCAAGUGUCUUUAAAAUUGCGGAAACAAAACUGACUUCACUCAAGUUUUAAGUUUAACUUCAGGAUAGCGAUUGUUUUCGAUCCUCAUCCGUUACAGACCAAGAAACACAAGGUUUUAAGUUCCAGCUCAUUUGUUCAGGAAAGCAGGUGCUCCCCUCUCCCCCUCACCCCAUCCUGUCCUCUCUGCAUGGUCAUGUUCUGCUGUUGCUACCCCUCCAGCACCUCAGCUCUCCUGUUUGUCCUCCUCAGCCUCACCCCCCUGCUGGCCCUGACUGCCCCUGCACUUCAGCAGAGACCCUCAGUCAGAAGCAGCAGCAUCGAUGAGGCUCUCCACUUGCCAAAAGAGGACUUGGGGGCAGCAGAAGGACCUGUCUGGACACAUAGGAAUGUGGAUGACCUACUCCAAAAACCCUUGGGAGAGGAACAUGUCUCUGAUAUGGCCUCUGCCAGUGCUCUAGCUUCUGUUCUGCUUGAGGCUCUCGACCACCCAGCCAGAGAGAAAAUGACCACUAAAGUGGAUUCUGAAGAGGGACUUGCAUCAGAGACAAUGAGGAAUCAGGAUGAUCUUGAGCAAAACAGACAAAAUGAGGACGAUACGGAGAAGUCUUCGGAAGCAGCAACACGGGGUGAGGAAAAUGCAGAGUGGCCAAAGGACGAGGGGAAUGAAGAGAAUGUGGCAAACUCGGAUGAAGGUAAAGACGAGCAGUUGUCUAACACAGCAUCUCCCCUUCAGCGCAAAGUCAGAGGCUAUUUCCAAAACAUUGACCUCGGAUUGCAAGACAACGAGAUACUUCCUCCUCUAAAAGGCUACAAAGCUUAUAACCAGCAGCUGGCACAGGCCACUAAGAAGCUUAAGUGGCAAGAGGAGAGAACUAGAAACCCAUCUCAGCAGGACAGAAACUUCAUGGAUGAUUUUGAUUUCGUGGAGGAAGAGGAGGAGGAGAUAUUAACUCGCAAGGAGGAGGAGGAAAGGGCACGGGCAGAGCAGGAGGAGGUUAGGAGACAGGAGGCAGAGGCACAGGAGGCACGCGAGGAGGAGCAGAGAUUGGCCGACAUCGCCUCUGACAUGCUUCUGGAGUACAUGGGCAGAAAGCCAAAAACACCAUCCUAUAUGAGAGACAUGAAGGAGGCGGCUCUUCUAAACAACGUGGCUGAGGACAAGCGUUCCAACGAGGUGGAGGACAGCGACGACGACGACGAGAUGGAUCCGCAGACGAUCGACAAGCUGAUUGAAAUUUCCAGCAAGCUCCACCUGCCUGCCGAUGAUGUGGUUGAAAUAAUCAGCGACGUUCAGGAGAAGAAGAAAAAAAGGAAGGAUUUGCCCACCAAUAACACCCCACGGUUCCGCCCUCUGGUUCCUCUCAAAGCCAAGCCGAGGCCUCAGGCAUAUCAAUAUCCUAAGUCACCUAAGAAAUCCCCUCAUGCCGUCAAUCCGUACAAGAAAUGGUACAAGGAGAAAAACAAAGCCAAGAUCAGCAAGCAGGACUACUGGUUUAAACCCCAAAAGCAGUUUCUGGCCUAUCCCUCAUUCCCUUACUAUCAAAAGCCAUAUCGAGCCUAUUACCCUGUCUUCUUUCCUCCCCCUAAGCCCCGGUUCUAUACAAAUCCUGCUGUUUCGUUUGAUUACAACUUUGGGGGACCCAUAGGUUACGGCCUCAAACCUCCCAACCGCAGGUACAGAGACAGACCAAAAGCAAGGGACUGGAAAUACGCACAAGCCCCUCAACGCCCCCAAAGCCCCUACUUACAACCGGACACUGUCAUAUCUAAUUACAUUCUCCCUCAUCCUCGAACUUACCAGGCUCUACCCAUGCCCAAACCACGUUCUCCACCGAGAGACGGGAGAGCCCCGUCUUACGUGUACCCGCCAGACUAUGUCUACGAUGAGCCACAAUCUCCACAGGACAGUGAUGAAGAACUGGAGAACUUCAUCGAGAAGAUUUAUUACAACCGUCGAUUGUACUAGUCGGUCGGAGUUCAGGAUAUUCUCAAGCGAUGAAACGUUAAAAGCGAUGAAAGAGUGAGGAGAAUUCUGGGUAAAACACUGAAAGAGGGUUUUGAGUGACAGGGCUUUUGAAAGACAGUUAGGUGUUUCUUCUCCACUCUUGUUUUUUGAUACAUUCCAAAUCAGGAACGGAAGAGACGGUGCUGUUAUAUCAGAACCUCUCUGCGUGCACUCAUUUGGUUUCUCUCGCAGUUUACAUUUUAAUUUGGUGAGAGAAUACACAGGUGAAUUUGUAAGGUUUUAUUCAGGUAUGUUUUUGAUUCUCUUGCAUGUCGAAAAAGAAAAGAAAAAACUAACCGAAAAGACAUUGAGCAAAUGAAAUGCUAAAACAAACAAACAAACAAGAAAAAAACAUGUUCGGUGCCAACUGCAAGAGUUUACACAAAGAUUUAUUUUCUUUAGGAAACACUUGAUUAACUGAAAAGUGAAGCUCGCCGUUGAAUUCUUGAUACUACAGGGCACAGUAAUAAUUGCUAUGACACUACUUAUAAAAACAAGUAACAGUCAAAUUAUUACAGGCUUUUUAUUCCGAAGGUCUGUCGGAAUGUUUUGAUCAAUGUUCCUAUUGCCUUAAUACUGAUCACUGUUUUAGCUCAUCCAUGUGCAUGCAGGUCUUGCACCACUAAAAAUAAUUCUGUCACGCACGCUGUAAACAAUGCUUGAAACUGAAUCUUCCAUUUUAUUCACAGAAAUGCAAAACAUUGAAUAUCUUCGCUAGGUGGGUGCCCUGUCAAUCUACUUGGUGGAAUUCUGUACACACGUGAUUUCAUGUAAACAUCCUGCCAAAUUUGAAAAUGCCCGUUGCUGUGGAUUACCUCCAACCGAGUACAGGAUCUUUGUCUCGAGAGCCACCAGAACGCUGUAUAAUAAUGUUUGUUCUUAAAAAUAAGUUUUACAGUGUCCGAAGUUUGUGAGGAAUAAUCGGAGGGUGAACAGUUUGCACGUCUAUCUGUAUCUGCAUCUUUAAAAAAAAUCUAAAAAAAAAGUCAAAUUUGGGGAGAAAAUCGCCUCUUUGAUGAAACUGUGAUUAUUAUUAAAAAAAGAAAUAAAAUAAAAAACAAACAAACAAAGAGAACUCUACAUUACUAUAGCAAGUGUUUUCAUCAGUAAAACCGUCUUGUGAAAGGAAUUUGUUGUUGUCAACUUCCAGAUUGUAAGUUGUACAGUGUCAAAUAAACAAUUGUGUGUGCAAUGUGUAAAUAACAGCAUGUUGAUUACUAGUUUUUCUAUAUGACAAAAAUAAAAGCAAUUAUUUUAUUAAAGUCA